AUGGUCAUCUCAAACAUCAGUAUUGAAGCUACACAGCUGGCAAAGUUGAAUACUCAAUAUUCCGCAAUAAUUGGGAGAUUGCACGACGCCAUCAAAAUUAUCAAAGAUAACCCGAGCCCUCCAGAGGACUACGCUAAUGACAAGGUCAGAAAGAUUAUCAGGGCCUUAACGGAAAGCAAUAUUUCAUACACUUUAAAUAACUUGCUCCCCAAGCUUGUCGAAAAAGUUGAGCCAACCGGUGUUGAUCCGUCAACCUGCAAUAAUGUCGAACCGACCUACCAUGACGGAGAUGUUCUUGGUAUCAUGGAACGAAACGCUUUAUUGAUUUGCCAGUUACAUCUACAGAUAAGAGAAGACAUGGUGACCUCAAGGGCUGAAUUAGCGUCAUUAGCAUAUCAGAAGUUUCGCGUUCGGAAUCCAGACUAUGAUGAGAGGGAGCUUACAGAACCGGUGGCAGGAGUGACCAAAGCAAUAUACACCUCCGCGGAAGACAACGUUCAACGCCGCAAUUUUAAUCUUCAUCUCUCCGAUAUAGAGUUUAAAGUUAAGAGCUCUUUUAAAACAAUUUAUUAUCCCGAGCUCGGCAUGAUUGAGUUCUUCAUCCCUGGCUUGACUGGCGAGCCUGAGGUGGUUAGGGGCUGGUAG